UUCCCCCCGGGCACCACCGAGAAGAGCCCCCCCAUCAAUUUCCCACCCUCCCACCUUUGUGCUCCUCGUCAACAUUUCUCUUGCCACCAUCACCGUUUGUUUCCUUCAGCUUCUCAUCACUGCGUAUUUAGGAGAACCUCAGUGUGAUUUCUUGCCUGCUUCAAUUCCUAGCUGGCUGCAACCAUCCGUCCAUCGAAUUUUCACAAAUCCUCCCCCGACAGGGUCCACGAAAAUCAUCUUGUUGCUUCGACCAGCACACUUUCGCUCAACCCGACUCGCCGCCGCCGCCCCAGCUCGAAAUAGCUCGAUAAUGCUUCGAUAAAUCACACGGCCACUGCCGAAUCACUCGCCUUACUUUGACGGGCGUGACUUGCCGCAAAUCUUGUAGUUGGCAAGAGGAGCGGCAUGCAUACUCGAAUCUCGGCGGCCACAUCCAAUUCACCACCAUGGAUUCCACAGACCAGACUCUCCAGCAGCCGCUGCCGGAGCAGCAGGGCCAGCCAGAACAGCACAAACAUGACGAUGUAACACUACCUAAGCCCUCUGCUCUUCCUUCUUCCGCAUCGUUACCUCUGAGAACCACUUCGAGCACACCAGUGUCGUCGACUGGUCUCUUCAGCCCCGCGCCUCGACACCUCCGCGAUCAUCCCAUCACAUCCUUCUCCGAAAGUAGCUCGCCAGCACCAGCGGCUGCUAGCGUCUCUUUUCUUCACCCCCUACAGAACUUCAGAGUUCGAGAAACACACAAGGCUCUAAUUGACAGUGAUACCAUUACUGGUCGUAAGAUGAUCAAUCAGUAUGAAGUCAUUGAAGAAAUUGGCCGCGGCAUGCAUGGCAAGGUAAAACUUGCUCGCAAUGUUGCAACUGGCGACAAUGUCGCCAUCAAGAUUAUUCCCCGCUUCUCGAAGAAGCGCCGACUCGGAAAACUUACCGCCCGAAUGCCCGAAGACAAAACAAAGAAAGAGAUCGCCAUUCUCAAGAAGAUCCGCCACCCCAACGUUGUCGCUCUUCUCGAAAUCAUUGACGACCCCGAGCUGAAGAAAAUUUACAUGAUCCUUGAACACGUUGAGCUUGGCGAAGUCGUGUGGCGAAAGAAAGGUGUACCAUACGUCUUCUUGUACGAACGUCGUCGGGCGGAACGUGAUAUCAAGGGAGAACCCAAGACAGCUGAAGAGGUCCAAUACGAUCAGUAUCUGGAGCGUCGUAUGGCUCUCAAAAACUACAAGCGGGCCAAGAUGGCGGAGCAGAUGCAAGCAGCACCUGCUGAGUUUUGGAGCGUGGAACAUGGUGCUGCCGAUGAACAUAGCAGCGUGUCCCGCGUUUCUUCCAAGUAUGAUGUAGCGGGCUCCGAAGGUCGGGAAUCCGGUGCAGCUUCGCCAGCCGGGUUAUCUCACUCAUCACGGCGAGACUCAGUGGCUCUCUCUGGCCAGGCCCCUUCAGAGCUUGAAGAGGAUGUCUUGUGGGGCGACGACCUCCAAACCCCUGGUCCCCUCACCGCCAACAAUGAUCCCUACGAUGCUGUCGAUGGGGGCAUGUUCCCUGACGAUGGCCCAUGUCUUCGCGAGCGGUCGCCUAGCAUGGCUGACUCGAUCAUGUCCCACAUGUCCUCUAUCGAUUUCAACCCACAGGACCCUGACCCGUUCGCGGAUGACUACUCCUAUGUGCCGUGCUUCACUUUCGACCAAGCUCGAUCCGCUUUCCGAGAUACAGUACUUGGAUUAGAGUACCUUCACUAUCAAGGAGUUGUUCAUCGUGAUAUUAAGCCUGCCAACUUGCUGUGGAGCAAGGAUCACCGUGUCAAGAUCUCCGACUUUGGUGUAUCAUACUUUGGCCGCCCCAACCGCGAUGGUGAACCCGAGGACAUCGUUACAGAGUCUGAAGCGAGAGACUUUGACGAUGAUCUUGAGCUUGCUAAGACUGUCGGAACCCCCGCAUUUUUCGCCCCUGAGCUUUGCUAUACAGACAUCGAAAAGGAACAGCCAAAGGUCUCUGAGCAAAUCGAUGUUUGGUCUUUGGGUGUGACACUGUACUGCCUCAUUUUCGCUCGUAUCCCCUUCUUGGCCGAGGAUGAGUUCCAAAUGUUCAAGAAGAUUGCUACUGAAGAUGUUUAUAUCCCUCGUGUUCGCCUGGCUCCCGUCAACCCAACAACAUCCCCCGAUACGCAGAACUUGGUAUUUCGACAAAACGUUCGCCCUUAUCGUGAUGAUGGUGACAUCAUCUACGAAGAUGUUGAUGAUGAGCUGUACGAUUUGAUGUCCAAGAUGUUGAUCAAGAAUCCCGAGAAGCGUAUUCGCCUUCGAGACAUCAAGCGCCACCCGUGGGUGUUGAGAGGCAUCUCCAACACAAUUGGCUGGCUUGAUGACACAGACCCGUCUCGUCCUCAUGAUGGUAGGAAAAUUCAAGUUGACGAACGGGACGUGUCGUCGGCCGUUGUGCCGCUCACAUUUCUUGAAAAGGCGCGCUCUGCCGUCCGCAAAGCUGUGGGCAAGGUUAUCAACCCUCUUGGCGAGCGCCCCGAUGUUAAAUCUAGGCGACGUGCUACAAGUAGCGCCAACAGCUCCGUCAAUGAAGCCGCUUUCAGGAGCAUACCGGCUACGCCCCUCUACCACGCCGAACGACGAACACAAUUCCACGACGAUCUUUUUGGCAGAGGCCUGCCCAUGUCACCUGCUAUGGAUAAUGUAUCCAUCAUUGCCACGGUGACAGGCAGUGAGCCUGAUAUCUAUGAUCCACUGGCUACAGUCUCUGCAUCUGAGGCGCCCCAUGUACGCGCCCAUCGACAUGGUUUGAGCGAGGCAUCGCUCCAAGAUAUGCAAGCUGGCGCAGCCAGACUCUGGCACCGACCAACAGCAUCACACGGUAAGAUCAACACCAAUCAGUUUUUAAGCCUUGCUCCCUUUCUCGGGCAAUCGUAUAUGCCUAAGCAUGAUGGCACCGCCGAAAGGACGGCCCCCGCAACACAAGGAAUCCUGCGACUGACCCGCGACUCAGAAUCCACCGGCAGCGGAGCUUCUCGAUCGCACUCCAACGAAAAGUUUGGCCUUUUCAAUGGUGCUGACCGUGGAGUCGCCAGCGUUGGUCUCGGUAAGCCCGUGCUUGCUGGUCCUGCUCGCGGACUCGCAAGCCCCCUGCCUCUGCGUCCAGCUGAGACUGACCGUGAACGUUUGGCUGGCGGCCACGAAUCCUCGUUAUCGUCGUCGCCUAUGUCGCGCUACGAGCACUUCAAUCCUGGAUCUGAGCCUGUCUCGUACCAAGAGUCUAUCUUGAGUCGUUCCCAAGCGCGAUCUCGGGCAGAAAGCGGAACUAGCGUGCGGGCACAAGCUGCACAAUCGUCGAACAGCAACGUGCAGGCCCUAUCAUUCGGACCCAAGGUUGCCGACAAGCAGCCCAACCCGCCGUGUGAGACAAGGCCCAAGAGCGCCAUCAGCGAGGCGUUGGCUGCUGCUACCGCUGAGAGACCACAGCAGCCUCUCCGCGGCAUCACCGCAACGACGGUACAGUCUUCGAGCACCGAGUCGAUUGAGGCUUGCGUCGGCACACCAUUGACCUGCCCCAGUGAAGCGACAAGCCCUGUUGGCACCACACACCCUGGAAAGAAUACGUCUGAUCGGAUGCUGGCUUUCCAAUCAGACCCCUCGCUUCCCGCGCUGCUGAGCGGUGCAAGCUCGGUGUCAGCUGACGUCGAAUCUGAGAUUCUCGGGCACCUUGAUGUCACGAAUAACCAGACGCCGCUGUUGCAAACAACGGAUUCACUGACACCUCCAGCUCUGAUGAAGGAAUCGGAGGCCGGAUUCCCUCUUGAUGCUGUUUUGGCAAGCCCAACCACUCUGGACGGCGCACCAGUUGCAAUGCAGCUUGCCACUGAAACAGCAGCUCCUUCGGUGAAUAAUGAUGCGGAUGCUGGCGACGUUGACGAAGAUGACGACGGUAGCGACGACGGAUUCUUGCAAAUGGCCAAGUCGAAGAACCACAAGACGCUUGGUGCGAAUCCUCCUGCCCCGCGUCGUCCUCCGUUUGAGGCUAGACGACGAGACACGGCCAUUAGCAAUAUUAGCACGGCCAGCGAUGAGACAGCGAAGCGCGUUGUGUUUUACGAUUAAAGAAGCUUGAUGAGGGAUGGUCACGUUUAUCACACUAAUACCAGGCAGAAAGCUUUGGGCUCUGUUUUGGUGUUUAUGAAGGCACCGCUGGGUGCACUUUCUACCUGUUUUCUUUUUGUUCCACCACUUGAUUUUGCGUUUUUUGUUUUUCAUAUAUUCAUAUAGCGGCAUUUGCAUUAAAGACCGGGUUGGGUAAUGGGUUGGUCUUAACAUCAUUAUGGGGAAACAUGGAAAUAUACAAGGCAGGCAUUUUGCAAUUUUUCCCGCGUCUUUUUCUUUCGUCUAUUCUACUGGUUUCUGUGGAUGGUGAGGUUUUCUGAGAGAUUGGAUGGCUCUGCAGAGAUGGCAUAAGGCAGGGGCAACCCGUCAUUUGCUGUCCGCUGCUACGCUUCAUACAUUUGUACUUUGCUUUCAGCGCACAACGGCGUCACUGUUUUGACUCGUCAUAGAGUGAAGUACAGUGGAAGAACUGGGCUGGGAAUGUGUCGUACUUUGCUGCGACUAGAGGUGAUUGGUAACAAGGGAGGCAAGAUUGGCUUAUCCUGAGUGCAGGUAACGACUUGAUGGCCAUUGCCAUGUAAUUUACAUUUUUUUAUUUACACUUUUCUUCCUUCCA